CCCAUCCUCGCGCCCGACGCAAGCAUAGCAGCCGACGCAGCGGUAGACGACGGUGGCAACGAUGGAGCUACCGAUGUCACCGAGUUUACACGCGAGGACGAGAACAACAUUUUUCUACUCAACGACGACUACAUCUUCCGCGAGCGGAUCCACACCGGGACUGACGUCGUCGUCUACCGCGCCUACAUGCGGGCCCAGCCCGGCGAGGCCGAGUUUGGCUCGCACCGCGGCCCGGAGGUUGCGGUCAAGGUCAUCCGCGAUCCCGAGUACUUUGAGUACGUGGCGCGCGCCGAGGAAAAGGCCACCCGCGCGUCGACCACCUCUGUCGACGCCCUUCGCCCGCCGCUGCCUGUCCAACUGAUGCAGGCUGCUGCAGCUACCGCAUCGCUUCUUGACCUCCCGCAGGUCCCCAUCAUUCCACUCGUUUCGUGGCAUGCCAUGCCCGAGACCGAGUGCUUUGCCACCGUCACGCCGUUCAUCCAUGCCCGCGGCGUCGACUGCGACUCGAUGGCUGACGUUGCCCACUACAUUUCGGCCGUGCUCACCGCGCUCUCCAUCCUCCACGACGCUGGCAUCAUUUACCGCGACGUCAAACCCGACAACGUGGUCAUCGACGCCGACACCUCGGCCGUCUAUCUCAUCGACUUUGACAUCUCCACCUUUUACAACACCCGCCACGGCCACUACUCGUGCAUCGGGACGCAUGGGUACAUGGCGCCCGAGGUUGAGGCCAUGGACACGGUUCAUGACGACGACGAGGACGACGAGUCGUUCUUCUCGCGUGUCCGAGGCUACACCCUCGCUGCAGACAUGUACUCGGUCGGCGUCAUGCUCGGCGAGUGUCUCUUUUCUGACACUCUCGACGACUUUGGCGUCCGCUCCAACCCCGCCACCAUCGAGGCUCUGCUCGCUGCUGCCGCCGCCGAUCCUAAUGCAUUUGGCGGCAGCAAGGUCCGGCUUGCCGCCGCCGACCUUGCCCGUCAACUGCUCGCCCCGGUCUCAGCCGACCGUCCCUCGGCCGCCGCUGCCCUCACCCACGCCUUUUUCAAGCUCGCAUGA